UCCUCAUCCACCAUCUCAACUUCCUCUCUCUAUCAUCUCCACCACCACAAUCCAACACCCACUUACUGGAAUCCGCUGCCCGCCACUGAAUUUCGCCGGAAACCCUCAAAAUGGGUCUCUCCAUCCACAACCAGUCAAGCUCAGUUACAGAAUCACACUACCACACCCACAAAGUCUUCCUCUUCUGCAACUACAUCCUCUUGGGAGCAGCCUCCAGCUGCAUUUUCCUAACACUCUCGCUUCGCCUCCUGCCGUCAGUCUGCGGGUUCUUCCUCAUCCUACUCCACAUCCUCACCAUCACCGGGGCGGUCUCAGGCUGCGCGGCGGCCUCUACAGGAACGAGCAGAUGGUAUGCAGCUCACAUGGUGACGACAGUGUUGACAGCCAUAUUUCAGGGGUCGGUAUCAGUGCUGAUCUUCACAAGAACUAGUGACUUUCUGGGGGACUUGAAGUCAUAUGUGAGGGAAGAGGAUGGGGCAGUGAUACUGAAGCUAGCAGGAGGGCUGUCGAUACUGAUAUUCUGCUUGGAGUGGGUGGUGAUGAUACUGGCAUUUUUCUUGAAGUACUAUGCAUAUGUGGAAGGAGAUGGGUGUGGAAGUAGUGGGAGUGCAAUGAAGAAAAGUGCAAAGGUGCAGCAAGAGGAGGAUUUGAAGGAUUGGCCAUGGCCUUUCCAGGUCUAGAUCUUCCACUGAUCAAGUGCCCACAGAUCUGAACUGUUUUUGUUCACUGGGAUUGUGCUUUGAUGCCGGUGUUUUUUUUUUUUUUUUUGGGUUGGAUUGAUUGAUUCAGAGUUCUUGAUACCUAUUGUAAUUGUGGACUGCGACAUUUGGUUGUUAUUAUUAAUUAAUUUGUUUAUUUAUUUAA